AUGUUGUCCUCCUUCACGCUUUCUGCGGUUCCAUUGUUGCUGGCUGGCCUGCAAGCUGCGACCGUCAACGCCGUCCCUACCAUCUCCGCGGUCGGCUCCAAAUUCUUCUACGAGAAUGGCACUCAGUAUUUCAUCAAGGGUAUCGCGUAUCAACUGAAACCCCACGAUCCCCUCAUCGAUACAGCCCAAUGCAAGCGUGACAUCGUGCGCAUGUCCGAAUUGGGUACCAAUGCUAUCCGAGUGUACCAUGUGGACCCCAGCGCCGAUCACAAGGGCUGCAUGGACGCCUUUGCUGCUGCCGGUAUCUACCUGUUCGUCGACCUGGAUACCUUUGAUACGCAAAUCAACCAGGACGCUCCCCAGUGGAGCCAUUCGCAAUACGAUGCGUUCACCAAGGUUCUCGACGAAUUCCAGCAAUAUGACAACACAGCCGGUGUCUUCGUCGGAAACGAGGUCCUCACUACAUCCAAUGGCUCUCACGCGGCUCCCUACGUCCUGGCGGCGACCCGCGACAUCAAGGCAUAUCGUGACAAGAAGGGAUACCGUCAGAUUCCCGUGGGAUACUCUGCUGCCGAUAUUGCCGAACUUCGACCUAUGCUCCAGAAUUACCUGGCUUGCUCCCACAACGCCUCCGAACGUCUGGAUUUCUUCUCGCUGAAUGCCUACGAGUGGUGCGGCCAGAACACCUACCAGACCUCGGGCUAUAGCGCGCUCCAGGCGGCCGCGGCCAACUACAACAUCCCCAUCUUCUUCUCAGAGACGGGCUGCAACACCCCCAAGCCGCGAACCUUUGACGACCAGGCGGCCAUCUUUGGCGCGAACAUGGUCGACACCUGGUCAGGCUCCAUGAUCUACGAGUGGAUCGAGGAGACGAACGAUUAUGGUCUGAUCAGCUACGGUCCUUCAGUCGACCCCGCGACGGCUACGGACCCCAACAUCGAAGACGGCUACACUCGUCAGGGUACGCCAACUCCCGUCAUGCCCGACUUUGACAACCUUAAGGCUCAAUGGGCCACACUGAACCCCACGGGAGUGGCCCUCUCCGAUUACAAAAAGCGGACCGGAGCUAUCACCCCCGUGGCCUGUCCUUCUUCCACCUCUGGCGGCUGGGCGGUCGACCCUAGCGCACCACUUCCCUCCCUGGGCCAGAGCUUCAAGAAGGGGGCCGAGGGUAGUGCCAUCACCUCGGCCACCCAGUCGGGCACCUCGGCAGGUACCAGCACCAGCACCAGUGCCAGCUCCAGCCAGGCAUCUAGCGCCGCCAGCCCGGCUGGACACCAUGCGUCGUCGGUCCCCAGUCAUCUGCUGACUGUCUCCGUGCUGCUGUCUGCGGGUAUUGGAGCCGUCGCGUUGUGGCUGUAA